AUGAGUAACCGCAACUACGAUUACCUUAUCAAACUCCUUCUCAUCGGUGACUCUGGCGUUGGAAAGUCAUGCCUUCUUCUUCGCUUCUCAGAGGACUCUUUCACGCCUAGUUUCAUCACCACAAUCGGCAUUGAUUUCAAGAUCCGAACGAUCGAGUUGGACGGGAAGAAGAUCAAGCUUCAGAUUUGGGAUACAGCAGGUCAAGAACGUUUCCGCACUAUCACCACAGCAUACUACCGCGGUGCCAUGGGUAUCCUGCUGGUAUACGAUGUAACAGACGAGCGCUCCUUCAGCAACAUCAGAACUUGGUUCUCGAACGUCGAACAACACGCUUCAGAAGGCGUCAACAAGAUUUUGAUCGGUAACAAGUGUGACUGGGAAGAGAAGCGCGUAGUAUCAGAAGAGCAAGGACGCGCUUUGGCGAGUGAGUUGGGCAUCGGGUUCGUGGAGGCAAGUGCAAAGACGAAUGUUAAUGUUGAGGAGGCAUUUUUUUCGCUGGCGAGGGAUAUCAAGAAGAGGUUGAUUGAUUCUGCACAGCAGGAGGCGCCAGGAGGUGAUAAGAAUGUGAAGCUUGGUAACGGAGCUGGAGAGAAGAAGAUGGUCGGUGGAUGCUGUUGA